AUGGGGACGGCCAAUGGGCGGGCGAGGCGGGUCUGGAGCGCGGUCGGCGGAGGGAAGAUGGCGGCGGCGGGCCGGUGGCGGGCCGGGCUGGCGCUGCUGGCGGUGGCCUGGGGAUUGGGCGGGCCGCGGGCCGAGCAGACGGAGGAGCACCUGAAGCGGGAACACUCGCUCUCCAAGCCGUACCAGGGUGUGGGCUCGGCCAGCUCGGGGCUGUGGGACCUGCUGGGUAACGCCAUGGUGAUGACCCAAUACAUUCGCCUCACCCCCGACGUGCAGAGCAAGCAGGGAGCCGUCUGGAACCGAGUGCCAUGUUACCUCCGAGACUGGGAGAUGCAAGUGCAUUUUAAAAUCCACGGGCAAGGCAAGAAAAACCUGAAUGGGGACGGCUUUGCCAUCUGGUACACCAAAGAUCGCAUGCAGCCAGGACCUGUCUUUGGAAGCAAGGAUAACUUCCUGGGCCUGGGAGUGUUUGUGGACACCUAUCCGAAUGAGGAGAAGCAGCAGGAGGCUCAGAAGAGGAGGUACAGCCCAGGAAAUCAGCGCGUGUUCCCGUACAUCUCGGCCAUGGUGAACAACGGCUCUCUCACCUACGACCACGACCGGGACGGGCGACCGACAGAGCUGGGGGGCUGCACGGCCAUGGUGCGCAACCUCAACCACGACACCUUCUUGGUGAUCCGUUACGUGAAGAGGAGACUGACGGUGUUGAUCGAUAUCGACGGUAAGCAUGAGUGGAGAGACUGCAUCGACGUGCCGGGCGUGCGCUUGCCCCGCGGGUACUACUUUGGGACUUCUUCUGUCACUGGAGACCUGUCAGACAACCACGACAUCAUUUCGCUGAAGCUUUACCAGCUAACGGUGGAGAGGACGCCGGAGGAGGAGAAGCGGGACAGAGAGGUGUAUUUGCCAGUUGUGGACAACCUGAAGCUGCCGGGAAUGGAGGCACCGCUGGAGCCCAUGAGUGGCCUGGCUCUCUUCUUAAUCGUCUUCUUCUCCCUUGUUGCCAUUGUUUUUGCCAUCGUCAUUGGAGUCAUCGUCUACAACAAGUGGCAGGAGCAGAGCCGGAAACACUUCUAUUGACUUGGGACUCCCCACCCCAGGAUGGCCUGUUGCUAGUCCUUGCUAGCCACGUCCUGACUCCCACCCGUCCCAGACUGGCCAGAAUGUGAUGGACUGACCCUC